ACUCCCUCCUUAAUAUAUAUCUGUCUGUCUAUAUAGCUCACUCACUCACUCUCUCUCUCUCGCACACACAUACACACACUCCUUCUCUCCCGUCUGUCUUGUGAGUACACGGAAAAAUCGCAAAAGAGAAAAAAAAAAAAUUUUCUAUCGAAAAUUUGUUCAACAAGUUGUCUUGAAAUUGUUUCAUCAUGCAAACGAUAAAGUGUGUUGUGGUUGGUGAUGGUGCCGUUGGUAAAACCUGUCUCUUAAUAUCAUAUACGACCAACAAAUUUCCUUCAGAAUAUGUCCCAACAGUUUUUGAUAACUAUGCAGUAACAGUAAUGAUUGGAGGUGAGCCAUACACUUUAGGAUUGUUUGAUACUGCUGGUCAGGAAGACUACGAUAGGCUAAGACCCCUCAGCUACCCCCAGACAGAUGUCUUUUUGGUUUGUUUUUCUGUAGUGUCGCCAUCUUCAUUUGAAAACGUCAGAGAAAAGUGGGUUCCAGAAAUCACACAUCAUUGCCAGAAAACACCGUUCCUGCUGGUAGGAACACAAAUUGAUUUGAGAGAUGAUGCCGGUACAAUAGAAAGAUUGGCAAAGAACAAACAGAAGCCAAUAUCAUAUGAACAAGGAGAGAAGUUGGCCAAGGAAUUACGUGCUGUGAAAUAUGUUGAGUGUUCAGCACUGACACAGAAAGGGUUGAAGAAUGUGUUUGAUGAAGCCAUCCUUGCUGCCUUGGAACCUCCAGAGCCACCAAAGAAGAGGAAGUGUAUUAUUUUCUGAACAGUUUGCCUGUUAUUUGGUGUGGACAAAGAAAAGACGGAAAAAAAAAAUAUAUAACAACACACUAAAAACAACAAUUAUAAAGAACUCAAUUGUAAUUUUCUUCACCAUCCAAUUUUUUUUUUUUUUUUUUUUUUAAUUAAACGUUCUCUUUUUGCAACUUUUUACCAGGUUUUCUUGGGUUUGGAGUUGCAGUGGAUAAAACAAACAAAUAAACAAGAUGAAAUUCCUCCCCUCCAACAAAAAAAAAAAAAUAAUGGAAAAAAAAAAUGGAAAAAAAAUGGAAAAAAAGUUGCUGGACUUGAGUAGACAAUCUGUCACGCUGUUAGCUAGACUUGCCGAAUCAUCGUUCUUGUGGAAACUUUGGGCUAUUUUGACUGUCAGACUGUUCAGUGCAAUUGAAAAUCCAGUUUGAAAUUGGUCAGAAAUAACCAUGUGUUUGUGUGUAUACAUGAAUGUCUGUGUGUCACAUAUGUACAUUAGUGAUGACUAACUAAAUUUAAGUAAAACCCCAGUUAGCGCUGGGAAGUGGGGGAGAUAUUCUAAUAGGGUGUUUUUAAUCCACACUUUGUGUGUGUGUGUGUUUUCUUUUAAAUACCUACUGGAAUUAAAUAUUCUAUGCAUGUGUGAGUGAAUGGUGCAUGGUCUAGUGGUUUGGGUGUUGCACUCACGGUUGCUAGAUCAUGGGUUCAAUUCCCAGACCGUUGUUUUUUGUGCAAAACACUUCCUUCACAUUUCUCCAGUCUCCCUUUUGAUGGGUGGAUGGUAUGGCAUUGACCUGUUGUCUGGCCACAGGGGUGGCAUCACUUAAAUGCUGAAACAGUGCAAAGUGUAUUGUGUAAUAAAAUCUGAUAGUCAGGUUGGUCAUGUGAGAUAUAUAUAUAUAUAUAUAUAUAUAUAUACACACACACACACUACAUAAUGGGUCAUUUCUGGAAAGUUGAUUCUCGGCUUCAUUAAUUGCUCUGAGACUUCAUUUAAUUAGUGCUACAAUUACCAAGAUGGGAGUACUAUCAUUGUUGAAUUCUUUGAAACAAUCACUGGAAUAUUUAUUCAUCAUUGUCUUAUUAUUACAAAUACUUGAGUUCAAAUACCACUCAGGUUAACUUUACAUUUCAUCUUUUCGGGGUCAAUAAAAUAAAGUACCAGUGAAGUAGUGGGGGAGCAAUGUAAUCGGCGCCCCUGCCUCCCAGCUUCUCCUAAACUUCCUGGAAUUGUACCAAAAUUUGAAACCAUAAUGAUGAUGAUAAUAGCAAACAAAAUGCUUUGUGGUAUUUAAUUAAUGUUCCUUUACACUAUCAUAAUAUCCUGCUGAGGUCAACUUUAUCUUGCAUUCUUCUGAGGUCGAUAAAAUUUGAGUUUUUCCUUCACUUAAAUUUCUGGUUUUGCCAUUUAUUAUGGGAAUAAUUUAUUGUUCCAACACUACCUCUAACUUUCCAACACUGAAAACCACAAAAUUAGUUUUUUUUGUUUUUUACACUUUUUUGCUUCGCCUGCCCCCUUAUUUCUACAUUUGACCCAUUUCUUUUAUUUAUGUGGUACCUUUUGAUAAUGGUAAACUAAGGGCAGCAGUUGGUCUACCAACCUGUGUGUGUUGGGAAACUGGAUAUCAUUUGUGGUGGCUGUGUGAAUGACAUCAUUCCCAGUGGAUAUGCGGACAAUGGAUAUUGUUCAUGGUGGCUGCACGGAUGAUGAAUACCAUCAACCAUGUCCAUGGAAGAUAGGUGUCUGUUAGAUAUUCUACUUGUCACAGUUUUUAUUAAAACAGAAUCUAACUUCAAAUUUAAAAGAAAUACUGAAGUUUCCACGCUAAAACUAUUUGAUCUUUUGUCAUACAACUUAUUUUCUUUAAUUUUACAACUCUUUUUCUUUUAUUUUACAACUAAAAUAUAUAUAAAAAAAAACAAAAACCUCCUUCAUUCUGAAAAUAGAAAAGGCAGGGGGAUGUUGGGUUACUAAGGGUCAUGUGUAUGAGACAGAUGUAUGGCAAUGUUGGAGGAGAUGGCAGUGUUGGACUUUAUCUACUCAAAUCCAGCAAUGUUCUGUACACAGCCAGUGUUUGUUUCUUCCUAUAAGACAAACUUCAAACGAAUUUGAACCAAAAUGUAGACGAUCUCAUUUCUUUCUCUUUUUUUUUUUUUCUUAUUCCAAACCAUCAUAUUAUUCCAAACCAUAAUAUGAUGAUUUAUCUGAGAAGUUUUGCUUUUAGUGCCAUUUUUUUUUUUUUCCUUUUCUGCUUCCACAUGUGAUUGUCUCAACAAAGAAGAAAAAAAACAACAUUUAUUUACAUAUUUCAUGGUGUUUAUUUUACACUAAUUAAUUCUGUCUGCUCUUGGGGGCCACUCUUGAGAUAACUGGCUUAUUGUCUCUAACACUAGCUGCUCUUGGUGGGGAGGUGCACACUUGAGAUACUGGGCUUGUUAUCUCUCGAACUCUACUUGCUCUUGUGGGCCAUUUACGGGAUACUUGGCUUGUCAUCUCUGACUCUACCUGCUCUCAGAGCAGGCUACUCUUGGGAUACGUAGCUAGUCAUCUCUUGGAAGUUUAUAUAUGAGAUACAAGAGAAAAAAAAAGGGAAAAAUGUGAAAAAGAUUGUUGCUUGCUUCAAAAAUUUUACAUAAAGCUUCUUUUCUUUCUGUAAAAAAAAUCCAGAAAAAUUAAUAAAAGUUUAAAAAUUA